CGUAUCCUUUCAGCUAGCCAGGAUGGUAAACUUCGUGUUUAUACGAACAAAGACGAUCCUAAUCCUCUCGAGUAUAUAAUUGGGGAAAAAGUCAAUCACAUCAUCUGUCGCGGGGAACACGUCAUAGUGGCUACAGAGGGCUCUCAUAUUUACUUACAACAAAUUACUGAUGGCCUUCUUGAUGGCGUAGUUACACGCUUUACAGCAGAAGUGAAUCACCUUUCUUUGAACAAAGAUGCGACGAAGUUAGUGGCAUGUAGCAGUGAUUUCACAGUAAAGGUUGUAGAUUUGUCGAGCUCUGACUCUGACAUACGUGAAACAAUCCUCAAAGGCCACAGUGGACCUGUCCUGAGUGUAGAUUUUGAUCCGCUCGACAAUUUUGUUGCAUCCUCCUCCUGCGAUGGAACGUACUUGGCCAUCCCGGUAGAUAAUUUCAUCCGGCUCUAUGAAAGAAAUAACUGGUCAUUUUUACGUGCACUCCGUUGUCCGAACUUGGAUAAACCCGUUCAGGAUUGCCAGUUUUCCCCAGACGGCAAAACCUUGGCUUGUGUCAGUUCUGAUGGCUGGCUUCUUAUGUGGAAUCCGGAAGAUGGUACAAUCCUAAAUAGGUUGCGUGAUUCGGCGUUUGAAAAUAUUUGCAAUAUAAUAUGGCCAGAGCGCUCUACAAUCUACGGUGCCGACCGUUUUGGUACAAUUGGCUUUAUCAAUGUUGGCGAUUUAAAGUCUUCGAAGAAAGCAGGCCAGUCCGCACCAACUACAGAUGAGGCUCUUUCGCCCAACGCCAUUCGAGCCCUAAUGGAAACCGAUGAUGCGGAUGAUUUUGCCGACCUUCUCAAUAUUGCGGCCUCGCAAGCUGAGGAGCAGAAUGCCGCUACGGCAGCCACAGGGGACAAUAUAGACGAUGCGGGCAGUGAUGCUGACGAUAUCGCCAUCUCACGCAUCAAGUCUAGUUACAUGCGACUGGACGAGGAGGAAGAGGAUGCGACGAAUGGCGUCACGGACGAAGUCAGUCAGUCUCAAGCCCCUCUGCCUGCAGCCCCACUAACGGUUACACGUGUUCCCGAAAUCAAGUCAUUUCAACCGGGUGCCAUGCCCACUGGUACGGUCGUUUACUCUUUGUGCACAUAG